CUCUGAAAUUUCCUGCAAGAAAAGAGGCGACUUUCUCCGCGGCUACACCAAAUUCCAUUGUGACUUUUCAAUCACUGCUAUAUUUUAAGAUCAAGAUUUUCUCUCUCGCUCUCUUGGGUCCGUCAGAGAAGAAGAGUUGAGAUGUUGGUUAGCGAGAAGCCGCGGGCGACCCAUAAGGGGUUCUAUACGCCGCCGCCCAAACGGGUUAGUGCUCCGUUUCCCUCUCCGGCGUCGCAGAGGAGGCCGUCUUGUCCCCACAGCGCCGGCAAAGAUCUCUUUCACGUCAUUCACAAAGUCCCCGCCGGAGACUCCCCCUAUGUCAGGGCUAAGCAUGUUCAGUUAAUCGAAAAGGACCCAAGCAGAGCGGUUUCCCUGUUCUGGGCAGCUAUAAACUCCGGGGAUAGAGUUGAAAGUGCCCUGAAAGACAUGGCCGUUGUGAUGAAGCAGCUGAACCGGUCAGAUGAGGCCAUUGAAGCAAUUAAGUCUUUUCGCCAUCUCAGCCCUCCAGAAUCCCAAGAAUCAAUUGACAAUAUCUUGGUAGAACUCUACAAGAGAUCAGGUAGAAUUGAGGAUGAAAUAGGACUGCUUGAACUGAAACUUAAGAAGGUUGAAGAGGGAAUGAAUUUUGGUGGCAAGAAAACCAAGACUGCUAGAUCUCAAGGCAAACGGAUUGAGAUCACACUUGACAAGGAGUACUCUAGGCUGCUUGGUAACUUGGCAUGGGCUCACAUGCAACUGAAGAACUAUAAAUCUGCAGCAGAGAAUUACAGGAAAGCUCUAUCCAUUGAGCUAGACAGGAAUAAGCAGUGCAACCUUGCAAUAUGUUUGAUGCACAUGAACAAUAUUGCAGAAGCUAAGUUUCUGCUUCAAUCCAUAAGAGCUUCCCCAGAUUCCAAGGGUGAGUCGUGCCAGAAAUCCCUUGAACACGCCACACAAACUCUUUCCGAAAUAGAAAAAACAUCAGGCAGCACUUCUUUCUGGAGGGGGAGAAACCAUAGUGGCAGUCCUGUAGUGGCACAACCCUUUACCCAACCAAGAAGAUUCAGUAGAAAGCUGUAUUUUGAGAAUGGCAGCUUACUGAAAACUCAACCACCACCACCAUCUACCACAUUCCCCAAGAGUUGGAGAAGAGACGCUAUAGAGAUUGAACCGAAAUCGAUGGAACCGACAACUUCUGUCUUCUCAUGUUCAAGAAUUUCAUCAUGUGACAGCAUAGUGGACCAAGAUGAUCAGAAUGAUCUCUCCUUCCAUGCGUGCAGCAAGAAACAGCCUUUAGAUUCAGCAUGUCAAAGAAAGAAAAGCUGGGCUGAUAUAGUUGAAGAAGAGCAAGAAGAAGAGGAGGAAGAGCUAAAAGACAUAACAUUUGAGACACCAUGCAAGAAGUUCAAUGAUGAAAAUUCUAAUUAUUCCAACACAAUCAAGAACCACCAGGACAAAGAAGAAGAUGGGGAGGAGGGGGAAGAAGAUGAUAUAUUAAGGGAAAGAGUUGAAACACUUGAUGUUAAUGGUGGAUACCAUACUCAACCUGAAGAACAGCCCAAGUGCUUCUAUGAUUCUGCCACUACUGUUACUGGUGCUUGUUCUUCAUCAUCUUCAUUAUUGCAUGGCCAGUUGAACUUUGGUACAUUUAAUACGUUGGUGAGCCCACAGGAGUUCGAUUUAGCGGUCCAGACUCCUCUUAGACGACUAAAGCGAAGGAUCAACAACCGGCUGCAAGUCUUCCAGGAUUUAACUCCUGCGUGACACUUCUCCCCCUCCAUGGUUUUCUUGAAUUGUUUGUCAUCAGUCAUUUGUGUGCAUAUGAAAAGGCAUAUUCACUUGUGUGAAUAUGGAUUUUAUAAUGUUUUCAUUUUUUCUAGCUGCAGAUAAUGUACUAAUACAUCUGUAUAUAUUGCUAGUUUGCUACGAGAAUAGCCUAAUGAAAGUAUGACAGUCACUUUUGUUUGUAGACUGGUUCUGCACAAUGCACACAUAUUAGUAAAACUGU